AGAGGGUUGCGAUCAACAGCAAUAAACUAAAAACAACCAUACCCAGCAUAACAACAGGAAAACUCUUGACAGGGUCUCGGCUGGUAGGCAGGAUGAGAUGUAACCAGACUCUACCUUAUCCUUAUGACGAGGAAGCUGAUUCCACGUAGACAAAGGGCAAUCGAAAGCUAGAAAAAGCCAAAGCAUUUGUCAUCUGACAAAGGGCGGCAAAAGAAGUCAUAGUUUUAAAAUUAAAGGCCAACAAUGGUGGUUAUAAAUACACAAGCCCUAACUAAAUAAAUGUGCAUUCGAUAAACGCCUUUGAAUUGUCUGUUGUUGUAAUAAUUGAGAGAGUGCAUGUCAGUCAUGCUGGGAAGUUACUGCCUCAUUCAGGCGGUCUCUUGACAUUGAGCGGCCCACCGACACCAACCUUAACUGCCUCGUGUCUCAAGUUAUCUCUGCAUCUUUGAGAUUUGAUGGAGCCUUGGAAUGUGGACAUGACUGAAUUCCAGACCAACUUGGUUCCAUACCCAAGAAUUCACUUCAUGCUUUCAUCCUACACACCUGUGAUCUCAGCGGAAAAGGCUUACUAUCUGCGUGUGACCCACAUCAUGGGAAGUACAUGUCUUGCUGCCUAUGGUGACGUGGUCUCUAAAGAUGUGAAUGCUGCGGUUGCAACAAUCAACUAGCGUUGAUAAUUACAGGGUAACACUUUGAUAUUGAAAUAGCUUUCAUUUUUCUAUGGCAUACCUAUCAUAUGUCUACUUACACUUAAAUCCCAGCCAGCUUUGGAUAUGUAUUCGGUGUUCUGCUUUUGAAGAAUUAAUCUAUAGUCAAACAUGCUAUGGAUCAUUUUUCACAAGCAAUUACUUUCUAAAUAUAUCUAGUUAAUAAUUACGCAAAGAGUGGUUCUGAAUCGAGUGGUUGUUACGUCUUACCACGUGCUGGUGAUUAUGGAGGGCAAGGAACAAAAAGAGGCAGGUACAUUGAUGAUGGAAAACACGACGACGAUGGCCAGUUAAAAAGAACUGGAACAUGGCAGCACGCAAGUGCCCAUAUAAUAACGACCGUGAUAGGGUCAGGAGUGUUGUCACUCUCAUGGUGUUUCGCUCAAAUGGGCUGGAUACCCGGAGUCAGCACCCUCCUCUUCUUUUGUGUCAUCAGUUUGUUCACUUCCAUCCUUUUAACGGAUUCCUACAGAUCACCUGAUCCUGUUUUUGGCACUAGAAACAGCACAUACAUGAAUGCCGUCAAAGCCACUCUUGGAAUGCAGCAAUACAAGCUUUGUGGCAUAGCUCAGAUGGGGGUUCUUGUCGGAAUCACCAUCGGCUACACCACUACCACUGCCAUCAGCAUGGCGGCAAUCUAUAAAUCAAUCUGUUUUCACCAGCACGGUCACCAUGCUGACUGCCAUGUCAGCAACAAUCCCUUGAUGAUAAUCUUUGCUAUCAUUGAGAUAAUCCUGAGCCAAGUACCCAACUUCCAUGAGCUGUCCCCACUCUCAGUCAUUGCUGCCAUCAUGUCGUUUAUGUACUCCACCACCGGCAUUGUUCUUUCUAUCGCUAAAAUUGCCGGGAACGGAGUUGGAAAGACGAGCUUGACCGGAAUACCGAUUGGGAACAACGGCCUCACAGCGAUGGAGAAAAUGUGGAGAGUUUUAUCCGCUAUAGGAGAUAUCGCUUUUGCUUUCUCCUUCAGCUUCGUCCUCAUCGAGAUUCAGGACACGUUGAAAUCAAGUCCACCGGAGAACAAAUCCAUGAAGAAGGCGGCGACAGUUGGAAUCUUUGUGUGCUCCAUGUUCUACAUGAUGUGUGGUGUUCUUGGGUAUGCAGCUUUUGGAAAUGAUGCCCCCGGGAACUUCUUAACAGGAUUCGGCUUUUUUGAUCCCUUCUGGCUCGUAGCGUUAGCUAAUCUAUGCGUGGUUAUUCAUCUUCUAGGUGCUUAUCAGAUUAUAGCCCAACCCAUAUUUGGGUUUAUGGAAGAAUGGGCCCGGAAAAGAUGGCCAGAGAAUAGAGUGAUAAGGAAACACUACACAAUGGGCAGUUUGGAGUUUAGUUUAUUCAGGUUGAUUGGCAGGACGACGUAUGUUGUGGUGAUGACAAUAAUCGCAAUGCUAUUUCCUUUCUUCAAUGAUUUUGUGGGUUUGAUUGGCGCAUGCACUUUUUGGCCACUCUCUGUUUACUUUCCGAUACAGAUGUACAUUGCACAAUUCAACAUUCCCAGGUUAUCAUGCGCUUGGAUCUGCUUGCAACUAAUCACUGUAGCCUGCUUCAUAGUAUCACUCGUUGCUGCCAUUGGAUCAACUCGAGGCCUUGUUAAAUCCGUUACAACCUUUAAGCCAUUUCAGUCUGUGUCUUAGAUAGCUCGUUUAUUUCAAUAAUGUACGUUGUAAUAAUUCACGAAUUAAAACAUGCGUGAUCAUGAAAUCGUUGGACCAUCAACAAUCAAGCUGUUGAUGUCAACGUAUGUAGUUUAAUACUACAUCAUAUUGAUA